AUUGUCAGUCGUACGUCACGUAUCGAGGGUCAUCGCCGAGUCGCGUCGUCUCGUCGCCAACGUGGCCGGUCGUGAAAAAGUAGUAUACGCGAUUGAAAAAUCAAAGCGAUCACACAAAUGGAUACCGAUGUGUGAUACAACGCGGUACAACAACGAUGAUCCGCGCCAUAAAAUAAAACCACCGAGAGUGAGACGCGCACAAGCGACGAGAGUGAGAGAGGGAGAGAGAGAGAAGAUUCCUUUUGUCGGGAGAUCCGGGAGAAAUCGGAUUUAUGAGUCACAGUAUUCCGAUAUUUCCGCAAAGUGUGUUCGCUGAAAGCUCGAAAUAAGCGCGCCCUCCUAUCAUGUAGUCGUUUGUGCCGAUGAGACGAAAUAGGUUAAGGUCGUGGAUAGAUUUUUCUUUUCGGCAUACGUAGGCUCGAGCAGCAGCCGCUCAAUUUGCGUGAGCUGCGUGUACGGGCGAAGCGGGUGCGAGGGGAAGUUUUGUUUUGCCUUUAAACAAAAUUCGUGACUAUGAGGACUAGAAAGACCAUCGCUAUUCUCGGAGUAGGCCUGAUCCUCGCCUGCUGCGUGAUGAUCUACCUGAUGAUGGACCUGACACUCUUCCCACCCGGACAGAGUCCCAAGUUUUCCAUGAACGACAAUCAGUGGCUUCACUUCGAGAACAGACUGGCCAAGUUGGAGAAGGACUUCGACAAGCAUCACAAGGUGAUGAACGCCCUGCAGGAGGCGGCGAAAGUCAAGCAUAACCCGGUCGCGCAGCCGGUCAGCCACGUGAACCGUUCCGACGCCGCGGCGCCGCAUCCGGGCAGGAGUCUCACGUGUAACUUCAACAUACGCAAAGUCCCGGCGGUCGACGUGCAGAUGUUGGAGCUGUACAAGCAGCUGGAAUUCGACAAUCCCGACGGCGGGGUGUGGAAGCAGGGCUGGAACAUCGUGUACGACGAGAAGCAGUGGCACCCCAACAGAAAACUGAAGGUCUUCGUCGUGCCCCAUUCGCACAACGAUCCCGGCUGGUUGAACACCUUCGAGAAGUACUACACCUUUCAAACGAGAAGCAUACUGAACAACAUGGUGACCAAGCUGGGCGAGGACAGGAGGCGUAAGUUCAUCUGGGCGGAGAUAUCGUUCUUCAAGCUCUGGUGGGAUGACCAGUCGAGGGCUAUCAGGGACGAGGUGCGCCGUCUGAUACACGACGGCCAAUUGGAGAUCGUGUCCGGGGGAUGGGUGAUGCCGGACGAAUCCGUGUCCCAUUGGAUAGCUCAGCUCACACAGCUGACCGAGGGCCACCAAUGGCUGAAGUACAACUUGGAUUACACGCCGAACUCAGGCUGGGCCAUCGAUCCUUUCGGUCUCUCCCCUACCAUGCCGUAUCUCUUGAAGAGUUCGGGGUUGGAGAAUCUGCUGAUUCAGAGGGUUCAUUACUCGGUGAAGAAGAAGCUGGCCAGGGAUAAGAAUCUUGAGUUCCGUUGGCGGCAAUUGUGGGACAACGACGGCUCCACGGAACUCUUCACCCACGUCAUGCCGUUUUACAGCUACGACGUGCCGCACACGUGCGGACCGGAUCCGAAGGUCUGUUGCCAAUUCGACUUCUACAGGAUGCAGAACUUCGGCCUGAGCUGCCCGUGGAAGGUACCGCCGAAGACGAUAACCAAGGCGAACGUGGCGGAGAGGGCGUUGCUCCUGCUGGAUCAGUAUCGCAAGAAGGCGCAGCUGUUCAAGACCGACGUGCUGCUGGUACCCUUGGGCGACGACUUCAGGUACACGCAUCUCACCGAAUGGGAGGCACAGUACGACAAUUAUCAGAAGCUUUUCAACUACAUGAAUGAGAAUCAAUACUUGAACGUUCAAAUACAAUUCGGCACGCUGAGCGAUUACUUCGAUGCGGUCAGAGAAAAGCGCAAUUUGAAUGAGUUCCCGACUCUGUCCGGCGACUUCUUCACGUAUUCCGACAGGGAUGAUCAUUAUUGGAGCGGUUAUUACACCUCCAGGCCCUUCCACAAAAGACUGGAUCGUGUGUUACUGGGCUCUCUGAGAGGCUCAGAAGCAUUGGCUGCUAUAGCCUGGGCCAGAGGCAACGAUCAGCUGGUGGAGGGUAACCUCGCGUCUCGUCUGAGCACGGCUAGAAUGUGGCAUUCCUUAUUUCAGCAUCACGACGGCAUCACCGGGACCGCCAGGGAUAACGUUGUUAUCGAUUACGCGCAGAAAAUGAUAACCGCAUUGAACAGCUCGGCCCACGUCCUUCAACAAUCUAUAGCGCAUCUAUUGAAGACCCCGCAAAUCUCACCUCUGGAUUUAGAAGCGGUAUACUUCACGUUAGAUGAGACCAGAUUACAUCAUACCAAUGCUGGCGAGAAGCACGUCCUCAGUCUCGGAGACGACAGCCCUUCGAGGAAAGUAGUCUUCUACAAUUCCCUGUCGAGGCAAAGAACGAAGGUGCAAACUUUGAUCGUAUCGACGCCGUUUGUCAAAGUCACUGAUCGAAGAGGGCAGACCGUCAGGUGUCAGAUAUCGCCUAUUUGGAUCGGCCCGGCCGCAUUGUCCGCGGCUAGAUAUGAACUCUCCUUUCUGGUCACCGUGCCAGGGUUCGGUAUCACUACAUACGUGGUUCACGCAUUGCACAAAGCGUCGUACGUGAGAGAAGUGUUCCCUGCCAAUGUCACCGUCUUCAACGCUGACGUCAGCAGCCUGCCAUCGUUACCCGGCUUCAGCCACUUGACGGUUUUACCGCACACGCAGGAGUUCUCGAUCACCCAGCUGCCGGAAUUGUCCGCCUCCUUCGGCAAGUCCGGUCUGUUGAAGGCGCUGAGGGUCGGAAACACCACGUUCCCUGUGCACUUAGACUUCGUCAAGUACGGCACCAGGGGCUCCGGCAAGGACAAGAGCGGCGCUUAUCUGUUUCUGCCGGACAAGCCGGAGCCGGAUCUCGUGUUUGUGGACAGCAAGACGAUCGUUCACUUAGUAACCGGCCCCAUUCUGUCCAGAGUGUUCGUAGAAUUGUCACACGUGCGGCACACUUGUACGCUUUUCAAUUCGCCCGGCAGCGACGGUCUCGGACUGCACAUAAUCAACGAGGUCGACAUCAGCGAGACGCAAAACUAUGAGCUCGCGAUGCGCCUGAACACCGACAUCGCGUCCGGCGAUCAGUUCUUCACCGAUUUAAACGGACUCAAUAUGAUCAGGAGACAGAGAUUUCCAAAACUUCCCACACAAGGCAAUUACUACCCGAUGGCAGCAAGUGCGUACAUAGAAGACAAGAGAGUUCGAUUGACGGUUACCACGGCUCAGCCAUUGGGAGUAGCUUCUAUGGCAUCUGGUCAGCUCGAGAUCAUGCAAGAUAGAAGGCUGCUUCAAGAUGACAAUCGAGGGUUGGGACAGGGUGUGAUGGACAACCUGCUGACGAGCCACCUGUUCACGUUGAUCCUGGAGAAAAGGGAAACGAGCUGCCCCGGCGCGACACCACCGGCGAAUCAUCCCGCCGGACUGUUAUCCUUGAGCAGUCACUUGGCAUUGGAGGAGUCACUGCACCCGGUAGUGGCGCUGCAUCCUCACAAUUCUCUGCCGUUCGACCUGCACGCCCACUUCUCGCCGCUCCGGUACGAUCUUCCAGUAGACCUAAGCAUCGUCAGUCUUCGAGUGUUCCCUAUACCCGAGGGUGCCGGCAAAGGUAUCGGCAUGGUGUUGCAUCAGCCUGCCUUGGACACCUGUUUCAACAACCCUCUCUUACGACGCUUGAACGUCUCGGAAUCGGGUGAGGUCGACCUGACCAAGUUUCUCAACGACAUGGAAGACUGGACCAUAAGCAAAGCGCCCCUGACGUUCCACAAUGUCGGGCCUUCCUUGAAGUCGCCCGUUGUCAACCUGUGCCCGCAUCAGAUACUACCGAUCCUAUUUCACAAGACGCAGUCUUAAUUCAGCGAGGUCCU